CUCAUUAGUUUAUCAAUAUCCUUUGGAAUAUAUACAUAUAAAUAUAUAUAUUUUUAUAUCUAGUGUAGAAAUGUAUACAAAAUUAAUAACAAAAUUUCAAAAAAUAAAAAACUGUUAUCAGUCUGCUAGUGUAUCAAAUUGGGUUUGGCUGCCUCAUAACAAACCGGCGCAUCGUACAGAUCUACGACGACUGGCCCAAACAGCAGAGCGACCUCGUCGAACAACAUUUACAGAUCGAAAUCAAUUUAAAUACGCUAGACGUCUUGUAGUUAAACUAGGAAGUGCCAUAAUAACUCGGGAAGAUGAACAAGGUUUGGCACUUGGACGAUUGGCAUCAAUCGUUGAACAGGUGGCCGAGUGUCAAAUAGAAGGACGGGAAUGUAUUAUGGUAACAAGUGGUGCAGUUGCUUUUGGUAAACAAAAACUAACUCAGGAAUUGUUGAUGUCAUUAUCAAUGCGCGAAACGCUCAGUCCGCUUGAUCACACUCGCGAGCAUGUAGGAAAUUUAUUGGAACCACGAGCAGCAGCAGCAGUAGGACAAUCUGGCCUUAUGUCAUUAUAUGACGCAAUGUUUGCACAGUACGGCGUUAAACUUGCACAAGUAUUGGUGACAAAACCCGAUUUUUAUAAUGAAGAAACACGUAAAAAUUUAUUUAGUACUUUAAGUGAAUUAAUAAGUCUGAAUAUUGUACCAAUAAUAAAUACAAAUGAUGCCGUAUCACCUCCUCCUCAAGUUGAUGAGGAAGUUGCUGGUACUCAGGGACGAAGGGGUAUAUCUAUUAAAGACAACGAUUCAUUGGCUGCAAUGCUAGCAGCAGAAGUACAAGCUGAUUUACUUAUUUUAAUGAGUGACGUUGAUGGAAUUUAUAAUUUACCGCCAUGGCAAGACGGCGCUAAAAUGCUUCAUACAUUUAGUUCUGAUUUACGAGAAACUAUAAAGUAUGGGGAAAAAUCUAAAGUUGGCACUGGUGGUAUGGAUUCUAAAGUAACCGCUGCUUUAUGGGCAUUAGAUCGUGGUGUCUCUGUUGUUAUUUGUAAUGGGGCACAAGAAAAAGCUAUUAAAAAUAUUUUAAGUGGUCGUAAAAUAGGUACAUUUUUUACAGAGACACCAUCAGCAUCAACCCCAAUUGAAAUAGUUACAGAAAAUGCAAGAUUAGGAAGUCGUUUGCUUCAAGCAUUGAAACCAGAAGAACGCGCAUCUUGUAUAAAUGUCCUUGCAGAUUUAUUAGAAACACAUCAAAAUGAUAUUUUAUCAGCAAAUGCUAAAGAUCUUGAAGAAGCUACUAAAUCUGGUUUAGCUAAACCUUUAUUAUUACGUUUAUCGCUGAGCCCAUCAAAAUUAAAAUCACUUAGUUCGGGAUUACGUCAAAUUGCUGAUGAAUCUUUGACGAAUGUUGGUAAAGUUUUGAGAAGAACACAAAUUUCUGAUGGAUUAGAAUUAAAACAAAUUACGGUACCCAUUGGUGUCCUGUUGGUUAUUUUUGAAUCACGACCAGAUAGUUUACCACAAGUAGCAGCACUCGCGAUAUCCAGUGCCAAUGGAUUACUUUUGAAAGGCGGAAAAGAAGCCGCAUUUAGUAACAAAUGUCUUAUGGGAUUAGUGCAAGAAGCAUUGAGAACUGUGGGAGCUGAAAAUGCUAUUUCUUUGGUAUCAACGCGUGAAGAAGUCAGUGAUUUGUUAUUGAUGGACAAACAUAUUGAUCUUAUUAUACCGAGAGGUAGUUCGGAACUGGUAAAAACAAUACAACAACAGUCAAAACAUAUUCCGGUUUUGGGUCAUUCCGAGGGAAUUUGUCACGUGUACGUUGAUAAGGACGCUGAUACGGAAAAAGCUAAAGCUAUUAUUAGAGAUUCAAAGUGCGAUUAUCCAGCAGCUUGUAAUGCAAUGGAAACUCUUCUUAUUCAUGAAGAUCUUAUGAGGGGUAAUUUUUUUACGGAUGUUUGCAAUAUGCUUCGGAAAGAAGGAGUGAAAAUUAAUGCCGGGCCAAGGCUGAGAGAACUAUUGACAUUCAGUCCUCCAGCUGCUAAAAGUAUGAGAACUGAAUACGGUGCCCUCGAGUGUACUAUUGAAGUUGUACCAAGUAUUAAUGAAGCUAUUAAUCAUAUUCACAAGCAUGGAAGUGCUCAUACUGAUGUUAUUGUCACGGAAAAUGAAUCAAAUGCUGAAUGUUUUCAAAGAGAAGUUGACAGCGCUUGUGUUUUUCAUAAUGCCAGCACGAGAUUUGCUGAUGGUUAUAGAUUCGGACUUGGAGCUGAGGUCGGUAUAUCAACCUCAAGAAUUCAUGCUCGUGGACCGGUUGGUGUCGACGGACUUUUGACAACCAAGUGGAUUCUCCAAGGGAAUGGACACACAGUCCAGGAUUUUAAUGAAAAUGGACCAAUGACUUAUAUCCAUCAACCUCUUCCCAUAAACUAAACCCAUCUCAUAUAUAAAAUAAUAAAUGUAAAUAUUUAUUUUAAAUUAAAUUUAUUAAACAAAUGA